GCGGGGUUACCGGAAGUGAUGAUGCAGGAGGCAAUGGAGGGGGCGGGGCUUCGGGGCGGCCGCCGCCGGUGGGCUGCAGAUGAGGAGGAGGAGGCGGCGGCCGCGGUGGCAGAAAAGGCGGCGGCGGCGGCGGGGGUAGGGAGCCUGGAAACGCAAGAGGGGAUGGUAGGUAGUUUGGACCCGCCGGGCCGCCGUCGUUUCCAGAAAGGGUUUGACUGGAGGAACCUCUGGAGCAGCUGUUGUCUGGCUCCUCUAACUGAUGGCAUGUUGAAGUACAUAGGCCAGCGGCAACGUGGGCAUCUGAUCCGGAGGGGGCCACUCUAGAGGCCAGGGUACCACCACCAUGGGCCAGUGUGUCACCAAGUGCAAGAAUCCUUCAUCAACCUUGGGUAGCAAGAAUGGAGACCGGGACCCCAGCAGCAAGUCACACAGCAGGCGGGGGGCUAGCCACCGUGAAGAACAGGUGCCACCUUGUGGCAAACCAGCUGGGGAUAUUCUUGUCAAUGGGACCAAGAAAGCAGAGGCUGCCACCGAGGCCUGCCAGCUGCCAACUUCUUCUGGAGAUGCUGGGAGGGAGUCCAAGACCAAUGCUGAGGAGUCUUCCCUGCAGAGGUUGGAAGAACUAUUCAGGCGAUACAAGGAUGAGCGGGAGGAUGCAAUUUUGGAGGAAGGCAUGGAGCGCUUUUGCAAUGACCUAUGUGUUGAUCCUACGGAAUUUAGAGUGCUGCUCUUGGCCUGGAAGUUCCAGGCUGCUACCAUGUGCAAAUUCACCAGGCUAUCUGCUGUUGGAUUCAAUAAAUUUGUUUACCUUACUAUUGAUAUUUCUGCAGAAAACAAAACAAAAAAUUUGAAGUUUCCAGUUUCCAAGUGGUGCUCUGGUUGGAUGAGGACACCUGCUGGUGAAGAGUGAUGCUGCAGCUGUAUCCCAAGAAGGAGGAAUUCCCAAACAUGGGAUUGAAAGUGGGUUUUGACUAUAAAGCUAAGAGUCUUCUACUCUCUUUGCUCUCG